UUCUUUCCCAUCAUUUAUUUUUUCUUCUUCUCCGUCCCCCCUUCAUCAUCUUCUUCUUCCUCAACUCAUCAAAUAUGGUUUUCAGUAGCGAUACUGAUCAGAACCCCACCUGCGACACAGGCCUUGGUCUCGCCUUGUGCGGCCGCCAUGAGAGGCCAAAUCAAGAAAACAUCAAGAAAAAUAUAACACUACUUGCCUCUCUCAGGUACGAUGAUCACCUCCUCCCAUCUGAUCUCUCUCUUGGCCUGAAGUCACAAGAUCAUCAUCACGUCAAUCAGAUGGUUGAUGAUCAUAGAGCAGGGGAAGCAAGUAUCGGUGAUGUUAAGGAUCAGGUUCAGCAGAACCAGGCUUCUUCUCUGAGUACAGAAGGAGUGUCGUCGUUUUCAAACUCUAACAGCGUGAAGAAAGAGACGAGAGAAUAUUGUAAUUCGGGAUCAGAAGAAGUAGAGGUAGAGAAGAUUAAUUAUUGUUCAAGAGUGAGUAGUGAUGAUCAACAUGAAGAUCAUAAUCAUGAUCAAGAAGAUGGUAGCCCAAGAAAGAAACUUAGACUUUCUAAACAACAGGCCGCCAUUUUAGAAGACAGCUUCAGAGAUCACACCACCCUCAAUCCUAAACAAAAGCAAGCCCUGGCAGAGCAGCUGAAUCUUCGACCUCGACAGGUAGAAGUAUGGUUUCAGAACAGGAGAGCCAGGACUAAGCUCAAGAAGACUGAGGUGGAUUGUGAGCUGCUAAAGAAGUGUUGCGAGACGCUGACAGAAGAGAACAAGAGGCUGCAGAAAGAAGUGCAAGAGCUGAAAUCGCUGAAGCUAACGGCGUCGUUUUAUAUGCAUCUGCCGGCGGCCACCCUCAUGACUAUGUGCCCUUCGUGUGAGAGACUUGGGAGUAGUACUCAUGGUGGCGAUGGCUCUUCUGGAAAUCCCUUGAUUCCCAUCUCCCCGAAACCUCAUCAUCUGUAUAACUCUUUUUCUCACCCACCAUCUGCUGCUUGCUAAAUUAUUAUUAUUAUUAUUAUUUAAUUAGUUAUAUAAGCAACCUCCCAAAAAAUUAAAGUAUAUUACUAAACUAUUUUUUAUAUA